AUGGAGUGGACGACAGUGCCAACCUACGUUGACCCUACCGCCUGCAACGCCUGCGCCGGAGUUCACGGCGGCCCGCAGUGCGUAUACAUCUGUCCCAACGACCUCAUGGUGUUGGACGACUUGAUAAACAAGGGCACCAAUCAGGAGCCGGAAAUGUGCUCCGAAUGCUACGCCUGCGUGAAGUUGUGCCCCGAAAACGCCGUGCACGUGCGCGGCUACGCUGACUUCGUGCCCCUUGGCGCCGAGGUUCAGCCCCAUUACGAAGGGCAGGACAUCGUGUGGGACAUUACGUUUCGCGACGGCCGAACCGAGCAUUUCCGCUUUGCCUCCCGCACCUCCGAAUGGGGCAGCAUCGAUCCCUACGCAGGUGUGCAGCCUGCUGACCGCGAUGCGCUGCGUUCCCAGGCCCUUUUCGGCGAACCCAAAUACCUGCUGCUGCCGGAAACUACGGAGUAG